AUUUAUUCAAAGAUAUUGAUCUAAGGAAAAUUUAAAGAUCAAAUUGCCAAAUAGGACUUUUUUUUCAUAUUAGCCUGCUAGAGCAAAGGAGCUGGAAUAUUGUUUUUUCUUUCACUAAAUAAAGAGAAAAUAAUGGAAAGAGGAAGCUAUUCUAAACGUUUAACAUCUGAAACAGAGUCAAGAGAUGCAACUAUUUCAUUAAAAAUAGGCGAAAUAGUUUUAUCAGAUGAUUUAAGUGACGAAGAAGGACGAUCUCGCUAUUUACAUGCUCUAUUCCACAUUCCAACUUUAUUAAGAGAUAAUUUCGAUAAUUGCCAAAAGAGAUUAGACGAUAUUCUAAAACAACAUAAAAGCAGUUUAUUGUCAGUUGAAACUGAAAUUGGAAGCGGAAUAGUUGAAAUAAGGAUUAAGGAUGAAAAUCCAGUAGCCUUGCAAGUGGCUUUUAGUAGUGGUCAGUUGUUGAAAGACGUUAAAAGUAUUAUAAUCAGUAAAGAGUUUACUAAAGAAUUAGGAAUUUUAGAUUUAACACUUGAUAUUCAACUACUGUGAUAAAUAAUACAACAAUAUACUAUAUAAUCUUUUGCCUGCAUAGAUUAUAUGCAUAUUAAUAUAUAGUCAAAAACGGACAAAACAUCUAUAAACUAAAAAGUGAAAUCCUAUUUGUUCAUAUGACCUUAACAAUUUUUUUUAUGUAGAUCAAUGCUUUCUAUUGACAAUACUAAGAAAUACGUUCAGACGUAUGAUAUUAAUUAAAGAUGUAGGCC